UAAAGCGUCACGCGAAUGCGUUCUGACGUCAGCAGAGUCUCCUCCCACUCGCGGAGCGCGCACAUUCCUUUUGUCCAAGAUGGCGGAGUAGAUACAGCUGAGGCGACGCUAAUGUUUGUAGUUUUAUUUUUAUCGGUGAAAUUCAACAUCCAGGCGAACAUUUUUCCGUGCAAACGUUAGUUAAAGUCCUCCUCACGGAUGUGCAAAAUCUCCUGGAGCCGUGAGAUUUCACCUCGGAGCUGAUUUUAUAUUUUUGCUGGGGGAGCAUCACUGUAAAAUGAAGCGGCAGGCCGAGCGCGACGCGAGUCCGUCCAGAGCGCUCACCAAACGCGUCCGCGAGCGAGACCGAGAGCGCGAACCGAACCCGCCGCUCGCGCUUUUGCUUGCAGAGAGCCGAAACUAUCAUAAACGAAGCCGCAGCCGAGAGCGGGAAAAACCGCGGGUCCGUGAGGAGAGAGAGAGUCUGCAUCACCGCCCGCAUCAUGAACUGGGUCUGCUGGGUCGAGCCCCCCUCCGAACCACCUCAGUCCUGCCUAAAGGUAAGACACCAUCCACAGAAACAGUGGGUACACGACUAGAAUACAAGACACUACUUAUCAGCAACCUUGGAUCUCAGCUUUCUGAUGAACAUGUGGAGGACGGACUGUUUCAUGAGUUUAAAAAGUUUGGAGAUGUGAGCGUCAAGCUUUCUCAUACGCCUGAACUGGGUCGCAUCGCCUAUGUCAACUUUAGACACACGGAAACUGCACGGGAAGCACGUCAUGCCAAAACCAGGUUGGUGUUAUAUGAUCGUCCACUCAAAGUUGAACCCAUGUAUAUGCGGCGUCGCAGUGUCACCCCUCCAGAUGUUAGUUAUGUAUCUCUGCACAGUGCUGCCUACACCUACAGACAGCGGUCCCUGUCACCUGGUGCCGGGGGUAGCGCCCUUCGAGAAAUGAGACCUAGGCACUACGUUGAUGGCAUAGGACUCAGCAGGGACCGUGUUUUGGACUAUUACAGCGCUUUGGAGGAGAGGAGCCGUGCAUAUGCGUAUCAGCUUCCCGAGGAGGACUUAAAACCAGAGGACGAUCAGAGAGCCACAAGAAACUUGUUCAUCGGCAACUUGGAUCAUAAUAUUUCUGAGGUGGAACUACGACAAGGAUUUGACAAGUAUGGAAUUAUUGAAGAAGUCGUUAUCAAGCGCCCCGCUCGUGGACAAGGGGGUGCGUAUGCUUUUCUUAAAUUUCAGAACUUGGAUAUGGCUCACCGGGCUAAAGUGGCCAUGCAGGGACGUAUGAUUAACGGCAACCCGAUUAAGAUUGGAUACGGGAAAGCCAAUCCGACCACUCGGCUCUGGGUGGGCGGACUUGGCCCGAAUACAUCGCUGGCUGCUUUAGCCCGCGAGUUUGAUCGCUUUGGGAGUAUUCGCACCAUUGACUAUGUGAAAGGAGAUAAUUUUGCUUACAUUCAUUAUGAGAGCCUGGAUGCAGCCCAGGCCGCUUGCGCGCAAAUGCGUGGCUUUCCUCUGGGUGGUCCGAACCGUAGGCUACGUGUGGAUUUUGCUAAGGCAGAGGAGACGAGGGCAUACCCUCAGCAGUACCAGCCGCCUUUGCUCCCGCCUCCACAUUAUGAUAUUCUCGCUGAUGGUUACGGACGCCACCGCAGCCUAGAGAGAGAGCUUAGAACGAGAGCCCGCUCACCAUCACACCCUCUGUUCGCCGAGCGAGAAAGAGAGCGCCUUUCGGACCGGGACUGGAGUCCGCCGAAAGGACUAGAGCGGCGGGCAAACCCGGAAGCAUUUGGGCGGGUCAGGCAGCGCAGUCGCAGUCGUAGCCGCAGCAGGGAGCGCUGGAUGAAGGAGCGAGACCUAGAACGUGGGGUGGGGAAAAACUGGGAGGAGCGGCGCAAGCGAAGGAGCCUCAGCCCCAAUGACCGUCCCACCGAGGAGCGCGGAAGGUCAAAGCUCAGAGGAGGGGCGCCAUCCACUCCUGAAGACAGCCCGGACCGGGGCCGCGGCCGUCUUCCGGACUCCACCUCAGAACCCCUUGAUCACACCCCUGACAUCAGCAGACACUCCAGCGAUGAACGUCCUGCACAGGACGAAUCUUUGCAUCCGAGGAAGGAUGAGCGUGAUCGCAACCACCGCAAAAGUGAGAGCGACCCCGACUCCCAGACGGACAAGUCCAAAUCUGAUUCCAAAAAGCCCAGCACGCUCUCUGAAUAUGCCCAGACAUUGAGUCGCGUGUGGCACGGUUCUCUCGUUCUUAAGAACAGCUGCUUCCCCACAAACAUGCACAUGCUCGAGGGAGGAGCGAGCUUUCUCCAAUCCCUCAUGAGAGACAACCAAGCAGGUGGCUCCAAGAUCACGCAGCUUAAAAUUGCUCAGCGGCUGAGGUUGGAUCAGCCCAAACUGGAUGAGGUGACACGUCGCAUCAAACUAGGCAGCCCGGACAGCUACGCUGUGCUCCUUGCCGUCCAGGGACCCAUGGACCGCGACGCCCCUCCUCCAGAACCAGGCCUUCAGCAGCGCCUUCUCCGCAACCUGGUGACGUACCUCAGGAACAAGCAGGCAGCAGGGGUCAUCGGCUUGCCCCUCGGCGGCCCCAAAGAGCGAGAAAUGGGGGGCAUGCUGUACGCCUUCCCUCCAUGUGACUUCUCACAACAGUAUCUCCAGACUGCUCUGAAAACUCUUGGCAAACUUGAGGAGGAGCACCUGGUCAUCGUGGUUGUUAAAGACUCACCUUAACACUUCAAAUCCAACUCUCUUGAACCACACAGAUUUUUUGCCUUUUAUGAUUUUAGGAUGGAUGUACCUUUUUAUUUUAAUACUUCCACACAGUCCACAUGAUCAUCAUUCCCUUCUUAAAAUGUUUUAAAAUUGAAUAGCAUCCCAGAGAAGUUGUUUUAUAAACAUACAAAUGAGGUUUUUUUUUCUCUCAGCUGUGUUCAAAAUUUUCCAUUGUAUCCUACUUAAAAAUGUGUUUUAUAUAUUUGCAUGCACAAAGCAAUUUGACGAAGCUCCCUUCCGGUGGCUCGCUAUAAUAGGUGCAAAACAUACUGGGCCUCAAACAGAAUGAAUUUGUGUAAAUUGUUUGUAAAUGCAUUUGUUAUUGAAUUGUAGCAUUCAAUUCACUCUAACAGUUUACGUAAAAAAUGUUUAUGAAAUGUCAAUUUCUGUUGACCGGAAUUCAAGUAUGAUAUUUUGUUUGUGGCUUUUUACUCCGUAUCACAUUCAGUAACAGUUCUUCACUACCAUAUUACAUACAUUAUAUGUUUCGCAAAAAUCAGAUUAAAAGGAUAGUUCGCCCAAAAAUGAAAAUUCUGUCAUCAUUUACUCGCCCUCAAGUUGUUCCAAUUCUGUAUAAAUGUCUUUGUUCUACUGAACACAAAGGAAGAUAUUUUGAAGAAAGUUUGUAACCAGUCCGUUUUGGGACACCAUUGACUUCCAUAGUAGGAAAAAAAUACUAUGGAAGUCAAUGGUGUCCCAAAACUGUUCAGUUUCCCACAUUCUUCAAAAUAUCUUCUUUUGUGUUUAACGGAACAAAGAAAUUUAUAUAGGGUUUGGAACAACCUGAAGCUGAGUAAAUUAUGACAGAAUUGUCAUUUUUGGGUGAACUAUCCCUUUAAGGCCCUAAAAUGAUUUUCAGAAAUAAAACGGUGCUUGACGAGGCAGUAUGUUCGGUUCAGAUGAGGCGUUUGUGUCAUAAUGUUGGCUUCUACCUCUUUAACCAUGUAACACAUCAGGUAUGUUUGACAAAAUGAAGAGAGUCUUUGAGCCCAUUGCAUUUUUAUUGUAUGUUGUUUUAAAUAUGCACUUGCAGCACUAACAGAAAGGUCAUGUGACUGUACAUGUUACUUACUGAACAAGUACUGUACUGAUCCAAACACACUAAUGUUUUAAACAUUACGAACACUACGGUUUAAGCUCGUGUUUGUUUGUAUGCAGUAAUGUCUUGUUUUUCAUCUGCCCUCCACUGAAUGACUAUUUGCCAAGUCAUUUAAAGCAACACACAUCUAAAACAAGUGCUGUUCUGAAAGUGUUUUUUUUUUUUUUUUGUGAUUUGAUUUUCAUAAUAAUGUAUAAACCUGAAACAAGUGUUAUUUUUAGAUUUUAGUUUAUAAUGAUGGGGUUUGAAGGUCCACCUGCCAACACUACAACCAUUUGCACUGAACAGUAAUUUUCCAUGGUUUAUUUUUAAUCAUAUUCUUUUGUUUUCUCUUUUAACACUCCUUUUUGUAAUACUUUUAUAGAAAAGUCUUUUUUCUGUCUGUAUGCAAAACCUGUAUGACAUAAAAAAGUAAACAUUUCAUGUGCUUGUUUUUAAAA